CUGUACUAUAAACCCUACUUCUUACUGGCUGUACCCAAUUCAUCCAGGAAGUGAAGCAGCAGCAGCAGCCUCCGGUUAGCAAGCAGGGCUCUCUCUCUCUCUCUCUGUCUCAGCACGUUUUCCCCUCUUCUUACACAGAGAUGGCUGAAGAACAAGCAAAGGGAGUCCCGGAGUCAGUAUUGAAGAAACAGAAGAGAAACGAAGAAUGGGCAUUGGCCAAAAAGCAGGAAUUUGAAGCUGCUAAGAAGAAGAACCUUGCCAACCGCAAGCUCAUCUACAACCGAGCUAAGCAGUAUGCUAAGGAGUACGCCGAGCAGCAAAGGGAGCUUAUCAAGUUGAAACGUGAAGCAAGGUUGAAAGGAGGCUUUUAUGUCAACCCGGAAGCGAAGUUGCUUUUCAUUGUUCGCAUUCGAGGUAUCAAUGCUAUGCAUCCAAGGACCAAGAAGAUUUUGCAGCUUCUGCGCCUGAGACAGAUAUUUAAUGGUGUAUUCCUAAAGGUUAACAAGGCAACGCUGAAUAUGCUACACCGAGUUGAGCCUUACGUUGCUUAUGGAUACCCCAACUUGAAGAGUGUUAAGGAAUUGAUUUACAAGAGAGGCUAUGGCAAGGUAAACAAGCAGAGAAUAGCAUUGACUGACAACUCAAUCAUUGAACAGGCUUUGGGAAAACAUGGUAUUAUCUGCAUUGAAGACCUUGCCCAUGAGAUCCUGACAGUUGGACCUCACUUUAAGGAGGCAAACAAUUUUCUCUGGCCAUUCAAACUUAAGGCGCCUCUUGGUGGCUUGAAGAAGAAGAGAAAUCACUAUGUUGAAGGAGGCGAUGCUGGCAAUCGUGAAGACUAUAUCAAUGAACUUAUCAGGAGAAUGAACUAGAUUGAUUGUAGUAAUAAAUGAAUCAUUGUUACAAUUUUGGAGGUCCUUUCCGAUGGAUUUUUAAGUUUAUGCACGACUCCUUUUGUAGACGUGAUUUAGCAUCGUAUUUAGAUCAAUUUUUUAUUUUCAUCUUUUAAUUGUCACCUUAAAGCAACUUUGGUGUACCUUAGAUUUUGUGAGAAUUUAUGGUGAUUUUGUUCUCAAUGCUAUUGCCCUAUUCGAGAAUUCUGGUA